AUGUCGUGUUGCAGUAGUACUCACCUCAACAGUAGCAUGCACCGUAACACCAUAGUUUUCCAUAUUCUCAAAAAUACAAUUAACAGAUUUCAGCUUUUCCAAGUUAUCUAUUACUCACAUUAUCCUUCUCUUGUCCCUCGAUGCGGUCUCACGACCCCCACCUCUGCUGCAGCCAUGGAGGUGAACGAACCAAAGUACAGGGCGGCCGUCGGCAUCCUCAUCUUUCUCCCGUGGGCCCUCACCGUCCUCGUCCUCGGGGGCUACGGCUACCUUCUGCGGGACUGGCGCUGGCUCAGUGUCACGACCUCCCUGCCCUGCCUGCUCUUCCUGCCGAUGCUGCUGGUGCUGGACGAAUCGCCACGCUGGCUGAUCGUGCGCGGCCGCCACGACGAUGCGCUGCGCGUCCUCCAGAAGGCAGCGCGCUGGAACAAGGCUCAGCUACCGCCCGAGGAGGAGCUUCGCGCCCUCAUGGACCACAUCAGGAAGGAGGCACUGACUGCGACUAAGAAAAGCGAUGCGUCCACCUCAGGGCUUGUCAGAUCCUUGAAGAAUAUAAUGGAAGACGUUAUUGUGCUUGUAAGAACAAGAAGGAUGCGUAGCAUCACGCUGUCGUUCUAUGCCCAGUUCUUUGUGCUGGGAAUGGUGUACUACGGCCUCUCGUUCGGCGCCGACAAGCUGGGCGUGGACCCGUUCGUGUACAUGGCGGUCAGCGGAGUGAUGGAGGUCCCUGGCGGUACACUGAGCAUCCCUCUGGCGGAGAAGAUGGGCAGGAGAGCCUCGAGCACGUUGUUCUUCGUGGCCACCGCCGGCUCGCUGCUGGUGCUCGGCUUCAUCCCAACUGCUUUGGAGUGGCUGGUGGUCACAUUGGCCAUGCUGGGUCGGCUGGCCAUCACCGUAGCUUUCCAAAUCGUGUAUCUCUAUGCCAGCGAAAUCUUCCCGACGGAGGUGCGCGUCCGAGGGCUCGGAACUUGCACAAUGCUGGGCACGGUUGGUGCCAUGCUUGCCCCCUUCAUUUUGGAAAUAUUGGGCUCCAUCAAAUCAUGGGUGCCACUGUUUGUGUUCGGCGUGGCAGCCUUUGUGGCCAGCGUGACCACGUUCUGGCUGCCAGAGACCCGCACGGCUCCCAUGCUGGACACCGUGGCCAGUCUGGAGGCAACUUACAGCGGGGCCAAGGAAGCAAGGUAG